AUGGCAAGCUUCCCGAACGACAUAACCACAGACAUCUUAUCCCAGCUGCCGGUGAAAUCAGUGGCUAGGUUCCGGUGCGUGUGCAAAUCUUGGAAAUCCCUGCUCACCGGCGCCUGUUUCAUCAACGCCCAUUUCGAUCGAUCGUCGAAAUACCGUACUGUCAGUCUUCUCAAGUAUGACGACAACAAUUCCUCCAGGAUCGGGGUCUACCGUCCGCAUCACCGUGAGCUAUCUCAUCUUAAUCCUUCGUCCGGUCAUCCCAGUAGAUAUAAUGUCGUCGAUUCAUGUAAUGGGAUCCUUUGUUUAUCCGUUUACUACAAAGACAAACCCGGUCUUCCAGAUAUAUUUUUAUGGAACCCGUCAAUCCAUGAAUGCAUGGUCGUUCCUCAACAUCACUGUCGUGUAUCGGGAUUGAUUGCUUUUGGAUUCAAUCCUCUUAGUGGCCAUCUUGAUGAUUUCAAAGUGGUCAACAUAAAUUUCAACUUUGGAGCGCGCACAGACUGCCAUUCUUCUCGAGCGCAGAUUUAUAGCUUGAGGAGCAAUUCCUGGAAGAAAAUCGGCAAUGUCUUCUCUUCUUGGCUGGGCAGAAACUUAGGCCAUCAAGUGAUCUUCCAAAAUUUCAUUUGUUGGGGCACUCAUGCUCGCGUCAACGGCCAAAUCGUUGCGUCGUUGGUCUCAUUCGAUAUGGUCGAGGAGGUUUUCCGCGAAAUGGCUCUACCGGAUUCGAUGCCCUCCGAGGAGAAAUUCAUCACUUUGUUCGAGGGAUGCCUAUCUCUAAUCGUACAGAACCCCUCGUCGCAGUGUUACGAAGUGUGGACCAUGAAAGAGUUCGGGGUCACCGAGUCUUGGGCCAAGCUGUACACGACCACCGUGUUGAUGGAUGGAUUUUUGCAGUGUUGGCCGCUCGGAGCCGCGAGCUCCGGAGAAGUUCUCUUCGUCAAGAGCUUCUAUUGUGAGUUGCGAUUGAGUCUAACUAGCUACGUGGUUUCAUACGACACAAGGAGAAGGGAAUUCGAAGAAUUUAAAGUUGGAGUGGAGGCGUAUUGUAGCAGCCGAUUGGUCAAUUAUACAGAGAGUUUGGUUUCUGUUGUAACUAGAGAUUAG